CUCUACAGGGCCAUGCCACCCCAAGCCAAAAAGGCAGGCGCAGCUCAAGGGAGCCACAGAAUCCGGCGUUAGUCGCAAGGCAGCCAGUCCGUCCGCCUGUCUGUCCUCGGAGUCAUGGAGAGAGCCAGUCUGAUCCAGAAGGCCAAGUUGGCCGAGCAGGCCGAACGCUACGAGGACAUGGCAGCCUUCAUGAAGGGCGCCGUGGAGAAAGGCGAAGAGCUCUCCUGCGAGGAACGCAACCUGCUCUCCGUGGCCUACAAGAACGUGGUGGGCGGCCAGAGAGCGGCCUGGAGGGUCCUGUCCAGCAUCGAGCAGAAGAGUACUGAGGAAGGGUCAGAAGACAAGGGGCCCGAGGUGAAAGAGUACCGGGAGAAGGUAGAGACCGAACUCCGAGGUGUGUGCGACACUGUGCUGGGCCUGCUGGACUCCCACCUCAUCAAAGAGGCCGGGGAGGCGGAGAGCCGCGUCUUCUAUCUGAAGAUGAAGGGUGACUAUUACCGCUACCUGGCCGAGGUGGCGACCGGUGACGACAAGAAACGCAUCAUCGAUUCCGCCCGGUCAGCCUACCAGGAGGCCAUGGACAUCAGCAAGAAAGAGAUGCCACCCACCAACCCCAUCCGCCUGGGCCUGGCCCUGAACUUUUCCGUCUUCCACUACGAGAUAGCCAACAGCCCCGAGGAAGCCAUCUCACUGGCCAAGACCACCUUCGACGAGGCCAUGGCCGACCUGCACACCCUCAGUGAGGACUCCUACAAGGACAGCACCCUCAUCAUGCAGCUGCUGAGAGACAACCUGACGCUGUGGACGGCCGACAACGCGGGAGAAGACGGUGCUGAGGCUCCGGAGGAGCCCCAGAGCUGAAGAAACCUACAGACCUGCCUGCCCUGCCCUGCCCUCCAGUCCCCGGCCUGCAGAGAGAGGACUUAACUACGGGAGCGAGACUCUGCCCUUCCCAAACCCUGAAUGUUCUGCCACACCCACGAAGGCUCCUUUGGAAGGGGUACAGCCAAACCGAGGCCACCAGGGGCUGGGGAAUUUCACUCUUCACGGCAGCAGUCUGGUGGGUGUUCCUAACUGUCCACUCUCGCUCUCUUUGCCCCCACCGCUUCCGUACACCCCUCCCCCUGAGCCUCUGUCUUGUACCUCUUGGUCCUGGAUGCUAGGGAUCGGAAUGGAGGAGGCUCCCACCCCUGUGGCUGAGAACUGGACUGUGGCAAGGGCUGGGUGUGUGUGACUGUGUGUGAGUGUGUGUGU